AGAGAGAGAGAGAGCAUCCUUGUUGGCGCUAUAAGGCUCGUACAAGGACUCAGACUCUGAAUGGCAGACAGACCGGAUCCUGGAACUGAAUGAAGCGGGACUCAUGACUAACGGAGCGGAUUUGUGAAUGAACCCUCAGAGUGGAAAGGACUCGGAUGACAGAAAAGCAGCGGCUGACCGGCAGUUUCUUCCAGUUGAAAUGGGAACUGAAUGACGGACUGGAAACCGCCUGCUUGCAUUUAAAAGACUUUUAUUGCGUUUUCUCUCUCUGACUGUUGAUCACUGAGGAAACCUUGACCGUGAAUGGCCAGAUUAAACAACCUACACAGGUAGACAGCGGGACUAGUCAUUGAUAAAACUCUACUAGUUUUACUCGUGGCAUGUUUGGAGGCUGGGGCGCAUAGAGGACACGUCGCUCCGGUGCCAUAGAGCGCAACGACGCGCACAGUUCCCCGGUGCUCCUAGACUGACAGCCGCAUGGACGCAGGGAGUAGGGAUGCUGAGGGGGCUGCAGCAUCCCCUAAAACCAGGAAUCAAACCACCAACUGAUGAAACAAAGUUUUCUCAUUAAUUGCUGGAAUAUAAGUUAGUACAUGAAGAGGAUUUAUUUAGUGUGUGUCCGUUGUUAGAUUCCUUGUGAUGGUGACUCGCAGCAGGUUGAUGCUUUUCUAUCAGCGCGAACACACUGAGGAGAUUUAGAGAAAGUUUGUAUCAAGUGUCGCGGCUCAGAUCUCUGUCAGGUCUGCAGUUCUCAUCCAUCAGUUCAGUGCAGUUGCUGUGGCUGCUGGCAGGUCUGUACAUUCUACAUUAGGUUAAUAAGCAUUAGAUAUCAGUGCUCCUGGUCACUCAAAUGAAAACACAAACUGUUCAUGUCGUCAAGCAUUUUUAAUGACGUCAGUGUACACAGGGACUUUCUAUCAGCAGCCCAACUCUGACUGACUUCCAGCGUCUCUGGACCGCCGUGCGUUAUGCUGAAUGGACCGACCUUCCUCGACCACGACCCGAUGGGACUCGUUGACCCGAGGCACCUCCCGCAACUGAUGUCUCUGGAGGACCAUGAGCCCACCAUGGUGGAAGGGACCCUGGUGCCCCGCAACUCCACGCCGGCAGGGGAGGAGGGGGCUCCGGGUCAGCAGCACCAGUCCUUCCCCUGGGUGGUGACCCUGCUGGCCGGCGUCCUGAUCACGACCAUCGUGGUGGAUGUUAUCGGGAACCUGCUGGUCAUCGUGUCCGUGUUCAGGAACAGGAAACUCAGGAAAGCAGGAAACGCCUUCGUGGUGAGCCUGGCUCUUGCUGACUUGGUAGUCGCCAUCUAUCCCUAUCCGCUGGUCCUGACCGCCAUUUUCCACGAUGGCUGGAUCGCCGGCUACAUCCACUGUCAGAUCAGCGGCUUCCUCAUGGGCCUCAGCGUCAUCGGCUCCAUCUUCAACAUCACGGGCAUCGCCAUCAACCGCUACUGCUACAUCUGCCACAGCCUUAAGUACGACAAACUCUUCUCCAACAGCAACACCAUGUGCUACGUCGUGCUGGUCUGGGCUCUCACCAUCCUCGCCAUCGUACCCAACUGGUUCGUGGAGUCGCUGCAGUACGACCCACGGGUGUACUCCUGCACCUUCGCCCAGUCGGUGAGCUCGCUGUACACCAUUACGGUGGUGGUGGUGCACUUCAUCCUGCCGAUCGGCAUCGUCACCUACUGUUACCUGCGUAUCUGGAUCCUCGUCAUCCAGGUGAGGCGGAGGGUCAAGCCGGACUCACGGCCGAAGAUUAAGCCACACGACCUCCGCAACUUCCUCACCAUGUUCGUUGUGUUUGUGCUCUUUGCCGUCUGCUGGGCGCCGCUGAACCUGAUCGGCCUGGCGGUGGCGCUGGACUCCAGGCUGAGCCGGGCGAUACCGGAGUGGCUGUUUACAGCCAGCUACUUCAUGGCGUACUUCAACAGCUGCCUCAACGCUGUCGUCUACGGUGUCCUGAACCACAACUUCAGGAAGGAGUACAAGAGGAUCGUCCUGAUCAUCUUCAAAUUUCACUGCUGAGACGAUACGUUCAAAGAGUGUGUGUGGGGGGGAGGAGAGAAGAACUUGACCAUGACAAAGAGAGGGAAACAGUGCUAAUGAAAGGGAAAGAAAACAAAUCUGGAGAAAAAAAACACUUUGUAUGAGAAAGAAAAAUAGAAGAACUUUAAUAGCUGGGGGUGUGGAGGAGGAAAGGUGGAGGGUAGAGUUGAAGUGAAAUAAAUGACGCCACACUGAGAGUUAUCAGUGAUGCCUUCAGGGAAUCUGAGAGACUAUAAAAAUACAGAGGAAGGGAGGCAGGGACCAAAGCUUGGGAGCAACUCUUAACUUAGUAAUGUGUUUUAUCAUGAGUUUUUUGGUAACAAAGUCAUGACUUACUGUUUAAAUAAAAAAAAUGAAUUGCUACUAUUGUUUUUGUCAACUCAAUAGUUUAAUUUGAUGUUGGAUUACUCAAACAUUGUGAUUAUCUUCUUCCCCCUUGAUUCAUUUUGAUGCAUAAAAUCCACCAUGAGCUAUUUUCAAUACAGAAAUACUCAAAAUACAGUUUUUUGGUUUUUUUUAAGGACAGAGGACGUCAACGCUGUUUCUGUUUCUUUAUUGUUCAUAGAAGAGAAAUCUGAAACACAAGUGUUUUUUGAAAAAAGAAUUUAUUGAAUAGAAUAACAAACUGGUGCUUCUGUGGAAUAUAAAGUGGUGUCGUCUACUUUUGAAUUAAGAAAUGAGUAAAGGUGCUACACACCUGACAGCCUGGCCAACAGUCUUCUUGGUUAAAGUCCUGCUUGUUUACAGUGAUUAUUUUUAUAUUUUGAAUUUGACAUUGAUAAUUCUUUGGAGUAACAAGCCAAAAAGGAUGAAUGGAGGGGCAAGAGCAAAAUCAGAACUUUUUCUAAUUUGAAUUGACCAAUGACUUGUGACUUGUGACUUUAAAUGACUUGAUAGCAUUCUCAAGCCCAAAGAUAAACGUUCCUGCUGCGAAUACUCUAAAGUAAAUUAUUGACAUAAAUAAAUACACCCAUGGUCUUGAUGCUGAGGCUCUGGCAAAGACUCACUGGGUUGUGUAACAAAGAAAAGGAACAUGGCUCGGCGCAAUUCAGCAUCAUUAAGCAACAGCUUGGGGGGUAACAGAUAAUCAGGAUACCAAAAAAAGGUAACUGUAACCUGUAAUCGGAUCAUUUAGUACAAAUGGGGAUUAUCAGCAGGAUCAGAAUUUUAGAUUUUAAAAUAAAGAACGAUAUACUACCACCACUGUGGUCUCGAGUGAAAAUAUAGACAAUCUUACAGUUCACAAAUUUAACUAAUAACUUUUAGUCUUUACAGCAGAAAAAAGGAACAACAUCAAAGCACAGUGCAAAAUUUACUUCAUGAAAAACACAUUUUUCUUUAAAGAAAUCACAUUUUUGAUGCUAAAAAUCUUGGUUGGUUACACUGUUCUGUUGUCUUAUAGACUACACAUUAUCAAUAAUUGUUUUCUCUUGUCUUUAUUUGCCUAUUUGGUGUUGAGGUAAUGCAAAAGUAACAGAAAGCAAUCAAGUUACUUUAAUAUCGAGAUAGUCCGAUCAGGUUACGACUACUGUUCUUAACAGGAACUUAAUAAUUGUAUUGGAUUAUUUUUAAAGCAACCCACCCAACCUUUUUUCAGCAAUGCUCUGCGUUGGCAAAUCAAAUAUAUGUAAUUACACAAUCCCAGAAAAUGAGCUUGUAGCAUGAAUGGCGUCGUGUCUACCUCGUAAUCGACAAGGCUAAAGUUCUCUCUCAUAGUAAUAAAAUCUGCCCUGCAUUUUUUUGCUGUCUUCAAACCCAUUUAUUCCUCAGUCUGGACUUCCUGGAUAGUAAUAAAUCACCUCACUUAUAACUAUUGCCAUUGCACUAACGCAGCCACAAGUAUUUUUGUGUAUUUUGGUAUGAAAGUGGCAUAAAUAUAAAUGUUAACACGACACAUUGUGAAAGAACAAGAAUUUGUUUUACUACUUUUCAAUUUCUGAUUAUUACUAUAACUCUGCUGUUUUUACAUGUUGUGAGGGGGCCAGAAUGACUUGUUAACGAACUGAAACUCCAAGUUUAGGACAUGGACUCCAACAUUUGGAACUGAGACUUGUACUUGACUUGUAAAACAAAGACCCACCCUUUCCUCUCUGAUGAAAGCUGUUGCGUCUUUUAUCCUCUGGGUCUUAACUCUUCACGUCAUCAGUUUCUUCUACCUGAGCCAAGAACAAGUGGCAUGGACUCGGACUCUACACAUCUUCCACAUCGUGCGUUAAUCUGCUUAGAUGAUACGAGGAUGUUUUCUCACAUGUGGAUCGGACGAGUCUGAGUGUAAAACACUUUAAUGAACAAAACCAGAGUGAAAAAAAGUCACGGUGUCUCUGCCGUUCAGAAGCAAUACUGUGUGCUCUUUCAUUUCUAACUCGUCCUCACACAUGAAAAAACUCUUCAUUCCAGUUGCCAGAACACACAGAAGUUCUCACACGCUGUGUCCGAUUCCCAAAUCACACACCCUCCCGGCAAUGAGCAUAUUUACUCUACUCUUCACAUUUGAAUAUCAAACAUAAGAAUGACAUAAAAAAAGAGACAUGAAAAUGAGUAAUUAAGUUGUGUUGUUCUGAACAGUAUUCUGACCACAUCACUGUGUUUCACACUCCUGGAAAGUGGAAGAUGAAUGUUGCAUAUGUAUGAAUAAGCGGGGUGCUGCUGCUGUGAUAAUCCGCCUGUGCUUCAGUCCCAUUUUAAUGAGCUCACUGUGUGUGUGUGUGUGUGUGUGUGUGUGUGUGUGUGUGUGUGUGUGUGUGUGUGUGGAUCAGGAUGUUCUGGGACCAGUUUUUCACAGGGCCAGCUGUGGGAGGGCGUGUUUGCAUAAGUCUUUGUUUCAUUUUUGUGCCAAAAUGUUGCCGGUUCCAAACCCAGGGAAGGUCUUAAUUGGGAAAUUUAAAGUGAAGUGCUCUUUUGUGGCUCAGUACCCAGUAGGCAUUAACUGAAUGAUUUGCUAGUCGAGCAACAUCUGAUCAGAAUCUGAGAAAUACACAGAAUUUAGAGGAAGCUUUAGAGGGGCCGGUUGGAUGAUUUUGUUAUCUAGACUAGCUGUUUUCACCAGUUUCCACAGUCUUAAUGCUAAGCUAAGCUUACCAGCUGUUGGUUGUAGCCUCAUAUUUGCAAGACAUGAGAGUUGAAGCCGAGAUCUUUUCAUCAAACUCUAAAACAGAAAAUUAAUACAUUUAUUUUCCAAAAUGUCCAACCAUCUGUUCUUUCUUUCUUUCUUUGGUAGUAGUUUAGCCAAUGUAGUACAUUUUGCUAUCUGACAGUUGUUUUGUUUUGUUUUUUACUGCUAUUUUUAAGGUAAAUUAUGAACAGUCAAGCUAAGCUCUGGGUAUCUUUGUUAAAAUUCAGCUUUUGUUUCAAGAAUCAAAUAUAUAAUAAUUGAAAUUAUGUUAAAACAAGGGUUAUAUGUAACCUAUAUCUCUCAAAAAAAAAAAAGUUUCCCAAUUUUGGGCUAGAAGCACCUGCAAACUUAAAUAUGUCCACUGGGUAAUGACAGUGUGAGCCUUUGAAGAAAAUAGUUAUGUGGGUGGAAAACGUGGAGGUGAGGCAGAGUUUCUCUAAAGUACAUUUUCCUGAUCAUUUUACCCUUCUUUGAAAGUUAAAAAGUUACAUAUUAAAUUUAAAAAAUGUGUUAAAGAGUAAAACCUCCCCAGUGCAGAUGGAUGUAAAUUUCCAUCCGUAUGAGCUGGAGUUAGUAAAUCAACCCCAGGAGUUGGCUAGUUAGAACAACCUUGUGAGGACAGCAGCAGAUAAUUGGCCCACUGAGGGUUUAAAAAAUACAAUACUGGCCUUUAACCUGUAGUGGUGUAGAUGGAAAGUUUCCUUUUUCUUAUUUUUUUCAGCGCUAAAAAUCAAUGCAAUGAACUGAGCUUGUUGUCGUUUGUGUGUUUGGAACAAUUUAAAAAAAGAAAAUAUAAAAAACAAAGUGUCUGUGUCUCUGGCUGAAGGCCAGCCAGUCGCAUUGGAAGCCAACAGUAAAUGAGAAUGUACCUGUUUUCCUUUCAUACGCUGUUUUGCACAUCGCCAUGGAGAAUGUUUCCACUGAAUGUCUGUAAUGUUGAUGAGACAAAAGAAAACCAACCAAGCCCUGGAAAACAUGUCUUAAUAAAAGAACGUUCACUGUGAG